CCCCAGGUCUCCUCCUCUCCGGCUGCGAAACCGACGACGGCACCAAACCGCCUCUCUCCCUCUCCCUCUCCCUCUCGGCCUUGCCGCCGCUUAACCUUCUCUCAGCUCCUUUACCCCCGUGCUGCCUUUCAGUCGAGCACGCUGCCCGUUCGUGAGGGCGGCGGCGGCUGCGGCGACCUUUUUAUUCGCCUUUUGUAUCGGAUCGCUUCCUUCCUUCCCCCUCGGCGUGGUUUGUGGGGCGACCCACGAGGCCGAGGACGCGGGCGGCGGAGGGUAAUCCGUGGUUUUGAGGGAGCCAAGAUUCGAUCUUGGUGAGACGGGCUCGGCUUCUCGGCGGUUUCUUUUUUUCUUUUGUUUUUCCCAUGGGGGAGAGGCGGUCCGGCUACAGGGACAGAGGGGGCGGCGAGCAAGGGAAGUAUUGGAGGCCACAGCGCCCGCACGGAGGUGGAAAUUUCUCAGUACCAUUGUGGGAAAAGAAAUUCUGCACUGAUGCUUGUGGAAUCCCAUGGGGUAAACUGUGUGAAACCAAGAAAUUGAUGUCACUGUACAAAAAUGUGGUUGUCUGGGAUGAUUCAGCUGCAUUAGAAGCUUUCAACGAUGCGAAGUCUCGUUUCUGUGCUGUAUACCAUGGCCAACCUUGUGAUAUCCCUUUGCCUGACCCAAACAUGUAUAUUGACAUGGUUAACCCAGAUGAAUAUAUUGAUCCUGAAUUGGUGGCUGAUCUUGAGAAGUCACGACGUUCUGUUCCCAAAAGGGAUAAUGCAGCUCCAGAUGGGUGGGACUCCUUUAUAUUUACAGAUAAGCCAGUUCCAGCCACAGGAUGGGGUGAUGGGGAGACAAGCAACACACCUGGCCGGCAAUACUCUGUGAACUGGAAUAAUCAGGUGGAACAGCCGACUGAAGCAAAUUGCAUGCAAAGUUCAGUAAAUUGGGGUAAUAAUGUCAGUCAGCCUCCUCAAACAACAGUUCAGCAAAGCUCAGGAAAUUGGGACAUGUAUGUUAAACAGCAAGGUCAAGGUAGCAACUGGGAGACACCAACCAUGCCCUGCAGCUGGGACAUGAAGGGUGACUCCCUGGAUGCAUGGAAACAGAAUUACGGCUGGGGUUCUGCAGCUAUAGAUUCAUUGGACAACUGCAGAGAUAACUAUUACAUACCUGACAGCCAGGGGUGGUCUUAUGGACGCUGGAAAAGGCGGAACAAUGAGGCAAGCAGAAGGAAUAACAGGAAUAGAGACAGAGGAGGUCCCAUUAGCUCAAAGGCCAUGAAACCAAAGUAUCAUGCUGAUGAGCAUAAUGGCGCCAAUAAUAGCUGGAGGCACUGCCGAGUAAGAAAUAACAUGCAUUACUCCUAUGAGAAUCCUGGUCGCAACCAGUCACUUGCAAUGUGAGGGAGACCAAUGGAGAGAGAAUGAAGACCCCUUUAGAUUAUGUUUCCUUCUUUCUUGAAGGUACUGUAGAUAGUAGUAACCACCACAACCUAGUGACAAUUUUGUCAUGCAGUUUGCAAUCUCGCUGUACAUAUCUAUAUAUGUGUGUUUGAGCUGAUUCAUUUUUGUUUACUGGCUGAAUUGCAACUUCAUUGUUGCGAGGUGGGAAUGAGGAUGGUCUGUUACAACUA